AUGGAUCAAGAGACGAAGAAGGUCAUAUCUAAGGACUUCCAAGAUGUCUUGCUUGAUACUUCGACAGUUGUUGUGUCCUCUGUUUUCGAUCAAGAGAACAAAAUAGUGGGUGGUGAAAAUGCCAAAGGGGUUGAUAUCAUAGACUCGACGCUUGAUAUUGACCAAAGAGCUAUAGAUAAAUGGAUUCCAUAUUUGAGGGAGUACACAGAAAAUGAUCAAUUGAAUACAGUUAUCACGGAACUGGAGAACUCGAUUGAUGAUAACUUUCAAGGGCUGGAAUUACAACUCUUACAAGACUCGCAAUUAAAUGAUAAACUCGAAACUUCAAUGGAUGAAAUUGCAGAGAUACAAUCAAUGGUUGAACUGUCAUUGUCUCGAGAUAUUGAUGAGUUCCAAAAGAAUCUUACAUCUUCAACAAACGAAUUGAUAAGGCAAAAACAAACUUACCUUAACUCCAAGAAAACCUCUCUCAAAAUUUCGGAAGCUAUUAUACUUAUAAAUAAAGUCCUACGCUUAUUAGAACUGUCAAAUAAAUGUCAGGAACUUAUAACAGAAGGUAACUUUUUUAAGGCUUUGCAGAAUCUCGACAGUUUGGAAAAACUUUACUUACAAGAGUUCAGAGAUUACAAUUUCAAAUUAUUAAAGGAGAUUUAUGUUUCUAUACCAUACUUAAAAUCAGUGACAAAAGAUGAAUGUAUCAAUUUGAUAAAGAACUCGCUGAACUCUAACCUAGGAAAGAAUUUAAAUGUAGUUGGACAAACCUUCUAUCUAAUAUACAAAGAUGAAUUGCUUUCCAAGUGGUUAAAUACAAGAGAAAUUAUGAAAUUAAAGAGAGUGAAAUUCAACUCGCCUAUUGAAAUUUCAAUGAGAGAUGAAGAAAACUUAAGAAAAUUAGAACUCGAGCAAUUUUUUAACUUGGAUGCCUUCCAUGAUUCAUUGAUGAUAUUUGAGACACUGAAUGAAACUGAUUACUUAGUCGAAGAGUUUAACAAAGAAUAUGAAUUCAAGAAAUCUAAAACAAUUCAACCACUGCCUUGGAAGACUUCUGGUAACACUGUUUCCGUUAAUAGCACAGCUCAUGAUGAAUUUAAAGAGUCAUUAUCUGUACCCUUCUUGAAGGAGUAUUUACUUAAUAUUCUUGGGUUUCUGUUAUAUGAUAUAAACCUGAAUAGGCUGACGGAUUACAUCUUUGUUAAUAACAACUACAAUGCUACUAAUGAGUUUUGGGAAAUGUUAAUGAUGAGACUAAAGCCGUAUUUUAAAUACUUUAUGGACACAGUAUUAAAGACAGAGAAAGAUAUCAUUGAGUUCAAAGACUUUUUGGGUAUUUAUGUAUGCAUUAUGGAGAAUUACAAACUCAAUAUCGAUCCACUGUAUUCCGUAAUGCUAGCUUUAUUCGAAAAGUAUUGUAAAACGACAUUAGAAUUGUUUGACAAAGAUUUCCAAGUAAUGCUAAGUGAUGAUGACUUCAUGCCUCUAACUAUAGAUAAUAAAGGCUUUUACGAAAAGGUCAUUAAGAUAUGUUGGAUGAAGGAAAAUCAUCAGAUUAUUGAUGAUAUGGAUGAUGAAAACUUUUCCGUAACACUCCCUUUUUCUCCACUUUAUCCAAUGACAUGUACAAUGACUCAAAAAGUGUAUGCCAAAUUGACAUCUUUCAUCUCUAGUUUUUAUAGGCAUAGCCUGCAUUCGUUGAACAAUAUCCUUGUGAACACCAUAGAUGGUAUUCUAGAUGGAGUUGUCAACAAACAGAUUAGAGCCAAAUUGGAAACGACGUCAAGGGAAGAGAUCGCUCAGCUCCUUAUCAACUUGGACUAUUUUGUAAUUGCUUCUAAGGAGUUUAGUAAUUUGAUGACAAAGGAUAAUAUUUUAGAGAACCCUGAUGUUGAAAUACGAUUGGCUUCAACGAAGAAUUUUGCUGAGAGUAGGAAAUAUGCGGAAUCUAAAUUGAUAGAUUUGAUCGAUACAAAAAUAAAGGACAUUCUGGAGACAGUUUCAUUUGAUUGGUUGGAUACUGAUAGAAGAAUUGAUCCUGAUAUUUCCAUUGUUGAUUUAGCUCAAUUUCUAGAAAUGAUGUUUGCAACUACAUUGGUAAAUCUACCAUAUAGUGUGCAAAUUUUACUGAUUUUCAGGGAAUUUGAUUCGCUAACAAGACACUUCUUAGAUGUCCUUUUGCAUGAUACCCCUCAAUACAUUUCGAAAGAAAGUGUAGGUAAUUUUGAGGUUGAUAUGAUGUACUUAGAAGGAAUCAUUCCAAAAAUUUUUCCAAGGACUGAUGAGAAUGAGAAUGGAAGACUGGGUAGUCAGACACCAAAGACACCUACCAUUGAUGACGAAAGUAGGUCUCAAUCUAACUCACAAAUUGAUAACAAUAUCAAAUCAUUAGAAUCCACUUUUAUGGAAUUGAAACAAUGUAUUCAGUUACUUCAGUCAGAAGAUCCAAAUGAAUAUCUAGAUCCACAAAUGAGAUCACGGAAAUACUCUAGAAUUAAGCCGGAUGAUGCUAAUAUCUUAAUAGGGAAGAUUAGGCCAAUUACGGCACCAGCACCUACAAAUGAGGCGGAAAACUCCAGUGUUUUCAAUCUAGAUUGGAAUGGAUCUGAUAGCAAUAAUGGCAAUAAUAGACUGGCGAAGUUUUUUAAUAGACGGUGA